CCAGACCUACGGAAGCCGAAGAGAGCGGCCGGCGCCUCAGGGGGCCGGAAAGAUGGCGGUCCUAGCGCCUUUAAUUGCUCUCGUGUAUUCGGUCCCGCGACUUUCACGAUGGCUGGCCCGGCCUUACUACUUUUUGUCAGCCCUGCUCUCUGCUGCCUUCCUACUCGUGAGGAAGCUGCCCCCUGUCUGCGAAAGUCUCCCCACGCAACGCGAAGACGGCAACCCGUGUGACUUUGACUGGAGAGAAGUGGAGAUCCUGAUGUUUCUCAGCGCCAUCGUGAUGAUGAAGAACCGCAGGUCCAUCACCGUGGAACAGCAUGUAGGCAACAUCUUCAUGUUCAGUAAGGUGGCCAAUGCGAUUCUUUUCUUCCGCCUGGAUAUCCGUAUGGGCCUGCUUUACAUCACACUCUGCAUAGUGUUCCUGAUGACAUGCAAACCCCCCCUGUAUAUGGGCCCUGAGUACAUCAAGUACUUCAGUGACAAAACCAUUGAUGAGGAGCUGGAGCGGGACAAGAGGGUAACUUGGAUCGUGGAGUUCUUCGCCAACUGGUCUAGUGACUGCCAGUCAUUUGCCCCUAUCUAUGCUGACCUCUCGCUCAAGUACAACUGUACGGGGCUGAAUUUUGGGAAGGUGGACGUUGGACGCUACACUGACGUUAGUACACGGUACAAAGUGAGCACGUCACCCCUCACCAAGCAGCUGCCUACCCUGAUCCUGUUCCAAGGUGGGAAGGAGGUCAUGCGGCGGCCGCAGAUCGACAAGAAGGGCCGGGCUGUCUCUUGGACGUUCUCGGAGGAGAAUGUGAUCCGAGAGUUCAACCUGAAUGAGCUCUAUCAGCGGGCCAAGAAGCUGUCAAAGGCUGGAGAUAAGAUCCCCGAGGAGCAGCCUGUGGCUGCGGUGCCUGCUGCCGUGCCAGAUGAGGAGAGCAAGAAGGACAAAUAGGACCCCUGCUCCAGUGCUUCCUCUCCUGUCAGUCCCCGGCACCUCAGGGGCCCUGCCCUUGUGUAACCACAAGCCUUGCCUGAGGCCCGGGCCUUUUAUUUAUGUUUCCCCUGUUUGGCUAUGCCUAGAUGGGGAGGGUAUCGCUUCUGACUUUUAAGAGGCAUCCAGGGCAAUGAAAGGCACCCUCUCGGAAGGCCCCCACUGUUGCGGCCCCGUUUCACUGGAGGGAGGGAAAGAUCUUGUCUGGUGGAGGGAGAAGGCUUGCCCUCCAAGCGGGGCCAGCGCGUCAAUCACCGUGUGCUGCCCGACGUCUCCAUCAGGCUCUGGUCUCAUUAUUCCUCACGGUGGCGCCACGCAGCCUACUUAACCUAGAUUAAACCCCAACAAACAGGCCAAGGUGCAGAGUUAGUGCUGAGAUUUUCCCCUCAAGGAAUCUUACUCCUUUAGGCCCUUCUGGCUUAGUCUGGCCUGUACUUUAAAAAGUGUAAGCCUGUGACCAGUCCCAAGGAAAAACCUUCAACCACAGACUUUUCUCUUUGAAGAUUACUGAAUAAUCUACGUAUUUUAUGAAGAUUGGGAAGAAGGGGAAUAGAAGUUGGAGACUUCCUUUGUGUGGUGGGCCCUGGACGAUGGCUCAUUUAACCCUCCUGCAUCCUCCCCACACCCAGUUGAUGGUUUUGCACAAUAAAGAGACUGAGAAUUA